AAGCAAUACACAACACAUUCGCGCGACAACAAAAACAAAACCAAAAAUUCUGCGACAUUUCAAGAAUAAAAUCAUGUUUGGGGCCACACAAUCAUCGAAUCGCAUGAACGAUUUCGAGGUGGCAUCGCCGCCUGACGAUUCUGUUUCGGCCUUGGAGUUCAGCCCAAGCACAUUGCAGAAAAACUUCCUGAUUGCCGGCAGCUGGGACAGCAGCGUACGGUGUUGGGAGGUGGAACAAAACGGAGUAACAGUGCCAAAAUCUAUCAAAUCAAUGGGCGGCCCAGUGCUCGAUGUGUGCUGGUCUGACGAUGGGACAAAAGUGUUUAUGGCGUCCUGCGACAAGCAAGUGAAGCUCUGGGACUUGGGAUCAGACCAAGUGAUGCAAGUGGCGGCUCACGAUGGGCCGGUAAAAACAUGUCACAUGGUGAAGGGGCCGAACUACACGUGUCUGAUGACAGGAUCUUGGGACAAAACAUUAAAGUUUUGGGAUACCCGGUCACCCAACCCAAUGAUGGCAAUUAAUCUGCCAGAACGCUGCUACUGUGCGGAUGUGGAGUAUCCCAUGGCCGUUGUGGGCACUGCUUCACGAGGACUAAUCAUAUACUCUCUGCAGAACACUCCCAGCGAGUACAAGCGGCAGGAGAGCCCAUUGAAAUAUCAGCAUCGCACCAUAUCGAUUUUUAGGGAUAAGAAAAAAGAGCCCACUGGAUACGCUCUGGGCAGUAUUGAGGGCCGCGUGGCCAUCCAAUAUGUGAACCCGGCCAAUCCCAAAGAUAAUUUUACCUUCAAGUGUCAUCGCUCUACGGGCACCUCUGGCUUCCAGGACAUUUACGCCGUUAACGACAUCGCAUUCCAUCCGGUGCACGGCACUUUGGUCACUGUCGGCUCUGAUGGCACAUUCAGCUUCUGGGACAAGGACGCCCGUACUAAGCUCAAGUCUAGCGAUGCCAUGGAUCAGUCUAUAACCAAGUGUGGUUUCAAUUCGAAUGGCCAAAUAUUCGCAUACGCGGUCGGAUACGAUUGGUCAAAGGGCCAUGAAUACUUCAAUCCAGGAAAGAAGCCUCAAAUUUUUCUGCGCUCUUGCUAUGAGGAAUUAAAGCCUCGGAUAAACUGAUUGGAGGCUUGUUUUAGUUUGGAGCUAAUCGACAGUAUGAACUGCGAAUAAAAUUAAAUCACCACUUUGAA